AUAUAUUUUUCUCAUAUUUUGUAAUUACAUUUAUCAAUAAAACUAGUCUUGUGUUGUUACGCCUGUUUAUUUAUCGACCCAGUGGCGGACCGCAGACUGAACUUUGAACCACACUUGUGUGAAGGUUGAGUGUCUGUUUACUGAGCCACAAUGUUGGCGCUUCUUUGUGCGCUUUUUUUCGUUUAUUUCGCGCUACACCGACUGACAAUUGCAAGGACAAAAAGUGCGACAUGCCUCGUGGGCAAAACCGCAAUUGUUACAGGGGCGAACUCAGGCAUAGGCUACCAGACUGCUCUCAACCUGGCUUCGAGGGGCUGCAGAGUGAUUAUGGCCGAUGUUAGCGACCUGACACAAUCACGAAAUAACGUGAUCAAAUUCACAAGCAACAGCAACAUUAUUGCGAAAAAAAUCGACUUGGGUUCACUUCAAUCAGUGCGAGAAUUCGCCUCCGACAUCGCAAAAAGCGAGCCAAGAUUAGAUAUUUUGAUAAACAACGCCGGAAUAAGCUCCUCCAAAUCAAACAGAACCGGAGAUGGUCUACACCCGGUUAUGCAAAUCAAUUAUUUCGGCCACUUCUUGUUGACGCAUUUAUUGAUUGAUUUACUGAAGAAAUCGGCACCAAGUCGUAUAGUUUUCACCAGCUCUUUCAUGUCGUUUUUCCACAACUUGACCCUCACAAACCUCAACUAUGACGCAGACAACGGGUUUGCCUCCGCUGCGAAAAUUUACUGCAACUCGAAACUGGCUCAAAUGAUCGCUUCCGACAUUUUUGCCGCGAAAUUGAAAGGAACCGGCGUUACUUCAAACUCGAUCAACCCGGGGAUUGUCAACACCACGCUUUUGGCACAAUUUUUCACUGUGCAAACGCAGCUCAAACCUUUACAGCUCAUCACAGAUUUGUAUUUGCGAUUUGUGGCCAAAGACGCUUGGGAGGGUUCGCAAGUCAUUGUGCAUUGCGCGGUUUCAAAAAAACUGGAAGGCGUGAGCGGGCGGUAUUUCUGGAAUUGUGUGCCCGUUUUUAAGCCUUUGCAGGCUCAGGAUGGCGAGUUUUGCAGGAAAAUUUGGGGCGAAACGGAGAGACUCGUAAAGUUGGCGCCCGAAGAGAGGCUUUGAUUUUUGUGCCAAAAAAGCCACCGAUAAAUUGUGUUAACGAUUUUGUAAUACAGUUAAUUUGUUACAACUAAUUAAAUAAAGGAAAUCAGAACUAGACCAAAA